AUGAAUCAUUACGCUUCGGUGGCCGCUCUGCUCAGCGCCUUGGUCCCCGCCGCCUCCGCUGAGUGUUGUACAAUCGACGAUCCCAUCGGCCCGUUCCGAACAUGCUCCCCAAUCGUAGCGAACGCCGACACGCCUUUCCUGGUCAAAGCGAUCAACUACACUCGAUACCACGAUGACCUGGGCGGUGGCAGGUUUGACCCCGACGAGAACUGGAACAGUAUCGCCGUCUGGCUGGCAAAACAGACGAACCGCCAGUGCCCAGACGACGAGAGCUUCUGUACCGUGAGCGGGCCCGUCUGCAAGCUGAUCGACUGCUUCCCUCUGUCUCAAGAUGCCAGUCGCGCGACAAACGAUGGGGGCUCGCUGAUCAGCGACCUGCUCGUCAGCGUCCCUGGCGGUGCGGGCCCGGACGGAGCUUGGUACGAUCUUGCCAGCUCGAUGUUCGACCGUCACCAUGACUCGAAAGAUUUCACAACGAGCGUGUGGCGCACCGUUCCUUAUGCAAACAACGCGUCGAGUUUGCACUAUGAUAACAAUUGGUCUGGUUUCAACCUGACGGGGAUGCAGGCGCAGGAGGGUACCAAUGAGGAUGGCUCCUAUCCGUAUGAAGUAGCCGAUAGCCAUGCCUGGCCGAGCUUUGACUUGCACGAGGUUCCAUGCCGUGCAUAUGCGUGCGCUAGGAGCUGUGUUAAUGAGGCUUGGUCGGGAACGUCCAUCGAUGUCGACAUGGCCAAGUCUUGCAUUGACAAAUGUGAAGGGGUCGACGAUGUGGUGAAUUAUUGUCCGGAUGUCGGCGGCCAAUCACUCACAAUCGCCCCUGAGGACUUGGGUUUGGACUCGCAAGAGGCACUGAACGAAUACCUGCCGGACGGCUGCGCCAGGUACGAAGGUGCGGCAUUUCCUGAAGCCUAUUCUAUCUACAGUGCGUCGUCGGCAAGCGCUCGUAGUGCCUCGCUCGCCAGCUUCCUGAGCACUACGGCUGCGCAACCCACGUCAACCAGUGGAGCUAUGAUGGGCAAAAGGGAGGCUGCAAAGGCCGGUGUCGCUCUCGGAGUCAUGCCCAUUGUCGUCAAAGUUAUCUUUGCUGUGUAA